AUCGGUGACGUACCGAAACAUGCUGGGGCUCUUUUACCAAUGAUCAUGUGACAUGCGUAUUUACACACGUGACAUUUGACCCAACGACUAUGUAUGAAAACAUGAAAUUCAUAUGAAUUAGGACUUCUGAGGUGCUAGGAAGAGCAGUCUAUGAAUGGAGAGGAUGUCUAUGGAAAAGGAAGCUAAACUUAAACUGAAGAAAAGAAAAAACUCGGGGAGUACUGGUAUAACUCACGUUUCCGAAAAUGUUCAGAAGGCUCAGAGUGAGAGUGACAGUCUUAAACGUAAAUCAGAAGGUGACCCCAGCGUCUGGUGGACCAAAGCAGAAUUAAAUGAGACUGCUCAUCUUUGGCUGUUGGCUCUGAAAUCUGCAGUUCCUGAUGCAACUCAAACACUGAUGAGCUUUCCAUUAUGUCAAGACUUGCCUGUAUUUACUCCACAGGUUUAUAGGAGUAAUAGGUCAAGCACGUUACGGAGCUGUAGUGACAUAGAAGACAGGUGUGUUGAAUUUCCACCCAUGUGCUCAUCAGUAAAGAACGAACAGUCAACUUCAUCUGAAAAGGCAAAUAGUUCAUCAAAAGGCAAUUUAGAGUUAUCUUCCUGUCCUCUUUGCUUACUUCAGUUCCCUGCUAGAUACAGCCAGAUGGAAAUAGAUGGUCAUCUUGCAAAAUGUCUGUCUGAAAUGAAUGAUGACAUUCUUUGGUUGGCUGCACUCUGAAAAUAUUCAACAAUGGCAACCUUUAUUAAAUACGCAGUGUCUGAAAUCUGGUCAUGGUCUACUAUUUGUGAUGACAUGCAUACCUAAUCUGACCACAGAAGAUAGUACAACUAUUGUUAAAAAUCAAUAUAAGAAAGUAAUAAAAGUAGCCACAGCAGUAGUUUUAAUAAAAAUUACUCCACAUUAAAAUAUUGAUAUUAAAUAUCAAGAGUCUAAUUUACUUUUCAAAUUAUUUAAUUAUAUGUCCUUUAAAUUUUAAGCACACCUGAAUCAUAAAAUUGCAGCAUAACAUCUCUUACAGUGUAUGUGAGAAACUAUUGCAAGAUAGGGAAAUGAUUUAGGGGCAGGA